AUGAGUACUGAGAACACCACUCGAACUAAAAUCAUGCUGUUGCAAAUUUUAUUAAGUUGUACCUUAGCGGUACUUGCUCAUGGUACUAAUGAUAUUGACUACAUUAAUAGCUUAGGCGCAUCAUGGACGGCUGGCAAAAACUUUGAGGAUGGAUUUGAGCCGGCACUUGGUCUGGCACCCGGCUAUAGACCACUCCCACCCAGCGAUGACAUGAUCUAUGAUACCGCUGAGGACAUCCCGGAGUCGUUUGACCCCCGGGAACAAUGGCCCGACUGUUACACCGUUAAGGAAAUUAGGAACCAAGGGUGUUGUGGUUCGUGUUGGGCAUUCUCGGCAUCCGAGGUCAUAUCCGAUCGUAUUUGCAUCGCCUCUAAAAACAAGGAACAGGUAGAAGUCUCAGCCGAAGAUGUCUUAACCUGCGGUGGGGCCGGUACUUGUCAAGGGGGUUGGCCUAGCAGUGUGUUCAGCUACUACAUCAAGUCAGGUGUGGUCAGCGGUGGUCUUUACCAGAGUAAGAAAGGGUGUCAGCCCUACGUCAUCACUGGUGACCACCCGUGCGCGUCAUACGUGCCGACCCCUAAGUGCCAGAAAUCGUGUAUCGAAGGCUAUAACCGCACCUACACUCAGGACAAACACUUCGGUAGUAAAUCAUACGGUGUAAGGGUUAGCGAUGUUCAGCGCGAGCUCAUGACAAAUGGACCUGUCUCAGCUACAUUCAGUGUCUACGAGGACUUUUUCGCGUACAAGACCGGUGUCUACCACCACCUGACCGGUGCCGUGAAGGGCGGCCAUGCCGUCAAACUUAUGGGAUGGGGUGUGGAGAAUGGGGUUAACUACUGGCUGGUGGCUAACUCGUGGGGUGAGGUGUUUGGUGAGAAAGGUUACUUUAAAAUCAAGCGAGGUAAUAAUGAGUGCGGAUUCGAGGUUAUAUUAAGUAGCAUUUUAACUGUUAACCUUGCUCAUGGAUCUAAUAACGUGAUUGAUUAUGUUAAUAGUUUAGACACAACAUGGAAAGCUGGUAAAAAUUUCGCAGAUGAUUAUAGACCAGGAUUAGGUCUAUUAUCUGGCUAUAAACCUCGUGCCCCAAGCUCCGACAUUAUAUAUGACACAAAUGAGGACAUACCUCAAUCAUUUGAUCCCCGGCAACAAUGGCCGGACUGUUACACGGUUAAGGAGAUUAGGGAUCAGGGAUGUUGUGGUUCAUGUUGGGCAUUCGCGGCAUCCGAGGUGAUAUCCGACCGCAUAUGCAUCGCCUCUAAAAGCAAACAACAGGUGGAGGUGUCGGCCCAAGAUGUGCUAACCUGUAGUAAUACCGGUGACUGUGGUGGAGGUGCGCCCAACUUUGUGUAUGACUACUACAUCAAAUCGGGUGUCAUCACCGGUGGUCUGGUAGACAGUCAUAAUGGGUGUCAACCCUAUACGAUAACAGGGAGACACCCGUGCAAGGAGUACGUGGACACACCUAAAUGCAAUCGCACGUGUAUAGAGGGCUAUAACCGCACCUACACUCAGGACAAACACUUUGGUAGUAAACAGUAUGGCGUUAGUGUAAAGGAUGCUCAACGGGAGCUCAUGACAAAUGGACCUAUCUCAGCGGGAAUGUUAGUUUAUAGUGACUUUUACAACUACAAGUCCGGUGUCUACCAGCACGUGACCGGUGAUGUAGAGGGGGCACAUGUCGUCAAACUUAUGGGAUGGGGUGUGGAAAAUGAUGUCGACUACUGGCUGGUGGCUAACUCAUGGGGUACAGUGUUUGGAGAGCAAGGUUAUUUUAAAAUCAUACGCGGUACUAAUGAAUGUUUGUUCGAGAAUGGUGGUUUCGAAACCGUGGCGUCCCUCAGAUGA